AUCCCCUUGUUGGGAGUUGAGACUAGAAGGUUCUGUUGGCGCCGGUUCAGUCGAUACUAAGGAGCGGAUACGGUAACUGGUCCAGCAAUACACACAGGGAACAAACCGGAGCGACAUGGCCAACUUUAACAAGGGACCGGCCUACGGGCUCUCCGCCGAGGUCAAGAACAAGAUUGCACUGAAAUAUGAUCCACAAGUAGAAGAGGAUCUGCGUCUUUGGAUCGAGGAAGUGACCGGCUUGAGUAUUGGUGAUAAUUUCCAACUUGGUUUGAGGGAUGGCAAAAUUCUGUGCAAUCUUAUAAAUAUACUCCAUCCUGGUGCAGUAAGAAAAAUAAACGAAGCAAAAUUAAACUGGCAUAAGUUGGAGAAUAUUGGAAAUUUUAUUAAGGCUAUACAGGAAUAUGGAAUGAAGCCUCAUGAUAUCUUUGAAGCUAAUGAUCUCUUUGAGAAUGGAAACAUGACCCAAGUACAGACUUCUCUGGCGGCUCUAGCUGGUCUGGCAAAAACAAAAGGAUUUCACACUACAGUAGAUAUUGGUGUAAAGUACGCUGAAAAGCAGAAGAGACAAUUUGAUGACAAUAAACUAAAAGCAGGACAGAGUGUAAUCGGCUUACAGAUGGGAACCAACAAAUGUGCAAGUCAAGCUGGGAUGACUGCCUAUGGAACCAGGCGACAUCUGUAUGACCCAAAGAUGCAAACAGACAAGCCUUAUGAUCAGACAACAAUAAGUUUACAGAUGGGCACAAACAAAGGUGCUAGUCAGGCUGGUAUGCCUGCCCCGGGAACAAGAAGAGACAUCUAUGAUCAGAAAGGAAUCUUACAGCCAAUUGACAAUUCUACAAUUUCAUUACAAAUGGGAACCAAUAAAGUGGCCUCUCAAAAAGGCAUGAGCGUGUAUGGUCUUGGGCGACAAGUAUACGAUCCCAAAUACUGUGCUGCCCCAACAGAGCCCAUCAUACACAAUGGAAGCCAAGGGACUGGAACAAAUGGAUCUGAAAUCAGUGACAGCGACUACCAAGCAGAAUAUCCCGAUGAGUACCAGGGAGAGUAUCCUGAAGAGUAUCCCAGAGAUUACCACGGGCAGUACAGCGAUCAGGGCAUAGAUUAUUAGAUGUAUACAAUGUACUCUGUAUUCGUUUAUUUUAUUCCAUGGAGACCAAGCUAGCCUUGUGUAAUUUUACCAGUCUUCCUAAUACACUCUGCUUUAAUAUGGAAACAAAUUAUUGCCUUACAUUCCUUUAUUUUUUUUAUUUCUGCCUUCUAUCCCUAGUUGCCUUCUAGUGCUGAGACUGAUUUUAUUUUCUACAGCAUUACGAAUAAUUGCAUAUGAAGUAAAAGGAAUACUGUGAAUAAUGAAGGGAACAUUUGUUCAGUUA